AGGAGCUUGCCCCAAGUCGCGAGCUGCGGAAGGCUGUCGUCCUCCAUGCGCUGCAAGGAGGGCGUAUCGGCGGAGGAGGAGGGGAAUGGACCAGAGACUUGGUGCAGGAUCAAAGGCUUCCUGGACGUCUGUGUGUGGCCAGUGAUGCUAUUGCAAGGAACUGAAGGAGGUGGGUUCAGAGGCGUCCACGGUGUGCAGCAGCUUGUCCAAGGCCCGCCGCGGCUACCUGGAGGAUGCCGUUUCCGGAGAUCAUCGACAUCAGCAACAAAGAUUGGUUGGCUAUAUCUUUCUUCGAGCCGCUGCCUGUUACUGAUUUUGUUGGACAGCUUCAAAACACAGAUAUCCACUCGAGUUCACUCGCAGAUGCUGAACGUGUCAAGUGGUCCCCCCAGGCCCGCCAUUCCGGCAGCUACUGUUCGCCGGACUCCUCCGCUGGUGAUGUCCCCGAUGGCCGGCAUCUUCGCUGGAUUCCGUGGACCAGAGACUUGGUGCAGGAGGCCUCCACGUCAUGGAGGAUCAAAGGUUGAAAGCAUGUCGGAGGAGGUUAUGAAGGGCGAGAACAGGCGUCGGAGUGGAACCGGGAGGAGGAGGUGUGGUGGCGAACACCAUCAGCGACAUCCAAAAGUGCAAUGUGGAGGCGCUCAGGUAGUUGCGAAUGGACUAGUGUACUGAGUGCGAUUGUUUUAGUGUACGGAGCUUCCGUUUGUUCUUAAACUAUCAUCCCCUUAUUAUUUUGUCGCAUGGAAAUGGUGUAGCAUGAUUCCAGUCUAUGCCUAAGUUGUCGAAUAUUGGAUGCUUAAGUUGUGUACAUGUGCAUUAGCGGCUGUUAUUUUGGAGUC